AUGAAUGGCCAAGCGCCCGCCUUCGAGGAGAAGAAACCGGCCGUCCUCGCUGGUCUCUGCUCCUCCGACCUCCAGGCCCCCAAAGACCCCUCGACGCUGCCGGAGAGUUCCUCCGCGGACGCGGGUUUCUACUGCGUCCAGACGACGGACCACCACCACCACCACCACCAUCAUCAUCCCCCCCACUCCCACCACCACCACCCUCCUCCUCACCCACCUCAUCAGGAUUUCUACCCGGUCCAGCAGUCCUAUUCCGCCCCGUACGCCUACCACCAGUACGGUGUGAACGGAGUGGGGCCGGCGGGGGUCUUCCCGGUCGGCAAGACCGAAUACCCGUACCGGCAGCACGGAGCCUUCGGCCGGGACACGCCGCAGCCGGACGCCGUGAAAGAGGAGCCGGACACGGAGGUCAGGAUGGUCAACGGAAAACCCAAGAAGAUUCGGAAGCCGCGGACCAUUUACUCCAGCUUCCAGCUGGCAGCCUUGCAGAGGCGUUUCCAGUCCGCCCAGUACCUCGCCCUGCCAGAGAGAGCCGAGCUGGCUGCACAGCUCGGCCUCACGCAGACACAGGUCAAAAUCUGGUUCCAGAACCGACGCUCCAAGUUCAAGAAGCUUUACAAGAGCGGAGAGUUCCCGCUCGGAGAUCCUCCGCUGGACCACAGCCCGGACGCCAGCGACUCCAUGGCCUGCAACUCUCCCCCGUCCCCGGCCGUGUGGGACAACAGAAACAACAACAACAGCAACAACAACAACAGCAACAACAACCAAAGCACCAACAGCAGUGACAAAAACAGUGCGGUACCUGAUCACACCAGCAGGGGGCAGGGUCCGUACCUGCCUGCCGCUGGCUCCUCGUCAGGCUUCAUGGGGGAGUACAACCACCAGAACUGGUACCAGCAGCAGGGCGCUCAUCUUGGCCUGCACCCCUCAGCGCCGGCCCACCACACGCCGCCGGCGGCACAAAACCUGGGGGCGGCGUACUGACGUCAGACGCCAGCCAACACAACCCAUGCCUGGUGGUCGGAGCGCCGGGCCCGAGCUGAAACACCGAGACUAGAUGGACUGUCGUAGAGCCGACACCCCCCCUCCCCCCCUCCCCCCCACGCCCAAAACAAACAAACAAGCAAAAAAAAAAACAGAUCUAUUUUAAAUUGCGGCCGCACUGGAAAUUUGACGGCGAACGCCGUCACGGAGUUCCAACAGACGUUUCUGAGGAAAUGGCGGCUCCUUCCUUAACAGCUGAAUUCAGGUUAUCUCCUCCCUCGUGGACUUGGAUUGUGGCGCCCGUCAGAAACCCGUCAGGAGGCGCUUCGAGCGGCGACGAGGGGCCGUUAAGCAGCACACCCCUCUUUUCUUUGGCCGGCGCCAGCUGUCGAGUAAGACCUGAACACGACGCGCUCGUAGGUUCCCCAAAACACGUUGACCAGCGCCAACGCCCCGUCGCAUGUACACGGCGUACGUCGGCUAGUUUCACGUGUAACACCUUUCAACAUGUUGAUAAACGAGGACUUUGUUGAGGACAUCUGCUCAGAUCGUCCCCUUUAGUACCGCCGGAUGAGGGAUCGUUAGCUUUAGGGCUGGGUGUGGCGUGGCUAAGGUCCAGGUAAGGCUCUUUGAGGUCAGCCUUCGAGCGUUGUUAUCUGGCGUUUAGUGUAAAUCCGGGAUGAAAAGUGGGCCUCGGUGGGUGUCCUCAAUUACGUCCUCAUUUGUUUGUACAUUUGCCGCGCAUCGCGACCAGAUGUUGGCAUUCGCGGCACGUCGGGACCUGCAAAGGGGUUGCGCGGAGACGUUUCGUCUGCGAUACCGGGCUGAUAAAGACGCGUCGCUCCGUGGGAAAUUCAGAGGGAAUAUUGUCUCGACGUGACCUUGGGACGACCCUUUGCCAGAAUUUGGACGAGUUUUUCCCAUCAGGAAUGAGUUUCUCUGAGCUGCGAGACCACACAUCUGGGAACGAGCGGAACAGAAGCUACCAGAUACUCAGCGGACUCUUUGGCUCUCGUGUUUUCUAAAACAGAAAUAACCAGAGUCUCAGAAAUAAACCACGGGUCCGACGGGACUCCGGAUCCGCUGCUUUUUCCACCGCCGGUCUCUCUCGGCAGCGCCGCAAGAACGUUUACGUUGCACGUUUUCCAUGUUUUCUCAGGAGGAUUUCUGUUUUAGUAUGACAAGAGCCACUUCACCGUACGUGAACGGAUAGAACCAGGAUGCCCGAUCGGACCAUCGCACCGCUUCGACUGUUACAGGCCUACACGAGACGGAGGCGUCUCAACGCCGCCUUCGUUGAGAGUUACAGAACCCAGUCAGGUUGAACUGCAUCCAUCCAUCCAUCCAUUAUCCAAACUGCUUAUCCUGCUCUCAGGGUCGCGGGGGAGGCUGGAGCCUAUCCCAGCAGCCACUGGGCGGCUGGACAGGCCGCCAGGCAAUCACACAGGGCCGACACACACACACACACACACACACACACACACACAUUCAUAGCU